UUAUCUCUCAGCUUACGAUAGUAGUAAUACUUUUUCUUUGAAAAAAUGGCUGCUGUAGUGGAUGAGGUUAUCAAGUCCGCGGAAAAAUUCGUGGACGAGGAAGACGAUGAUGUCGUUGAAGAGGACGACGAAACAACAUCAGCAGAAGCUACCAAGAAGAAAAAAAAGAAGAAAAAGAAGAAGAAAGCAGCUGGUGAUGUGAAUGCUGAUACUCCAGAAGGUAACGAGAAUGGAACAAAAAACGCCGAUGUUGCCGCAAAAGGUUCGGAAGAUGUGACGGAAAACGGAGCAGAAACUGAAGAAGCGAAAAAGAAGAAGAAAAAACGUAAGGCAAAGAAAGGUGCAGUAAAUCAACAGGACAGUAUAUCGGUGCCGGUUUCUGAAUUAUUCCCCGAUGGCAAUUUCCCUGAGGGUGAAAUUAUGGAGCAUCCACCAGCAGCUGGAAUUGACGAGCGAACAGCUAAGGAUCGGUUUUCCAGUGAGGAGGCACGAGCUCUGGAUCGAAUGCAUAAUGAUAUUUACAAUGAAGCGAGACAGGCUGCCGAAGCUCAUAGACGUACCAGAAAGCAUAUUAAGAAUUGGGUGAAGCCGGGAAUGACAAUGAUUGAGAUUUGCAAUGAACUUGAAGACACCGCGAGGAGGUUAAUCGGAGAAAACGGCUUGAAAGCCGGUCUGGCAUUUCCUACAGGUUGUUCAAGAAAUCAUUGCGCCGCUCAUUAUACUCCAAAUGCCGGGGAUCCAACAGUUCUUGAAUAUGAUGACGUUACUAAAAUUGAUUUUGGUACACACAUUAAUGGUCGAAUUAUCGAUUGUGCAUUUACAUUGUCGUUCAAUCCAAAGUACGAUAAGCUCAUUGAGGCUGUACGCGAUGCCACGAAUACUGGCAUCAAGACUGCCGGUAUCGAUGUUCAACUGUGUGAUGUUGGUGCCGCAAUUCAGGAAGUUAUGGAAUCCUACGAAGUGGAAUUGGAUGGCAAAACUUAUCAGGUAAAAUCGAUUAGAAAUUUGAAUGGACAUUCAAUCGCUCCGUAUCGAAUUCAUGCAGGAAAGACCGUGCCAAUUGUCAAGGGCGGCGAGGCAACGCGAAUGGAGGAAAAUGAAUUUUAUGCGAUUGAAACUUUUGGCUCGACAGGAAAGGGUGUCGUUCAUGACGACUUGGAUUGUUCGCAUUACAUGAAGAGUUUCGACGCCGGAUUCGUUCCGUUGAGACUUCAGAGUAGCAAAUCUCUUUUGAAUACAAUUAACAAGCAUUUCAGCACCUUGGCAUUUUGUAAGCGCUGGUUGGAUCGAGUCGGUUGCACAAAGUACCAAAUGGCUCUCAAGGAUUUGUGCGACAAGGGUGCCGUCGAGGCUUAUCCGCCGUUGGUCGACGUUAAAGGAUGCUACACUGCUCAAUUUGAGCACACUCUGGUUCUUCGUCCCACUUGCAAGGAAGUGAUUUCAAGAGGAGAUGAUUAUUGAGCAACAAUCUGUAUGUAAAAUAUGAAUGAAUUUCAAUUUCAUUACCAACUGAUUUUAUAUAUUUUUUUCAUUAAUUAUUUCUGUGGAGCAGAAGUUGGCCAAACUGUUUGGCUGUGUUUUUGAUAUAGUUUCUUUUUUUGGGAAUAAAUUGUAAUUACACGAUUGUUAUUAAGAAUGUGAAAUGUGAUUUUAAGCUUACUAACACAAAGAAAGAAACUAUUAUUAAUGCAUAAAUAUGAAUUUGAGGAAAAAUUGCUUUUUACUUAUUGUAAUAAUAUAUUGCAAAUUAACAUUGCAAGAGAGAAAAAAAAUGAGGUGCAUUUUUAGGACUUAAAAACAAGUUCUAUUUCUUUUCGUCAAGAUACAAUAUUUACAAUGAACAUUGAAUAAAAUAUAUUUGAAAAUUUA